AUGCGACUUACAAGUACGGUGACCAUUUCACCUGACAGAAGAGCUAAAUAUCAAGGGGAGAUCCUCUUGACUGUCUUGGAGUGGUUUAAGUUGGCAGCAAGCUGGUGCUGGGGGGUGAUUUUUUUCUGGACGCUCUCACCCGCUCUAUCGGCCACUCCCUUUCAGAAUAAAAAUACGCGGGCUUGCUCCUCGCAGAUUGCUACUUCGAGUGGUAUCGAGCGUGGGCAAAAGCAGUACAGCCUCGAUAUGGAGAUGUACUGCUUAAGGUUAUAUAUAGUGCAACAAGAUGACGGCCAUGCCAUGGCCCGAUGAAAGUUGGAUAUAGCUACUUGAUGGCAGCUGCGGUGUAGGAUCACCUGAUAGAACAACAUUAGUACAUUUUCUGCAAGAUGAGCAGGGAGAUACAACAUCAUAACAACGACGGAGUGGUGGUGAUUGCGACCAGACCACGAACCAGAAUCGACUUUGAAUGUAUACCAACCUGCAGUUGCUUCCUUCUAGGCCACUGAUUUGUAUGCUUGGCAUUGACCACAAUUUGGCAGAUGAGCAACCGUUUGCAGCAUCCAUACCAUGCGGUUCGAGUAGCAGCCACAGAAAACUUCAAAGUGCCUCUGCGAUAAUUUGAAUACCAAACUAAACUGGGUUUGCACUUCCAGCAAUCGAAAAGGUAACUAAGGCCACCGAGGACUACAGGAUCUUCUAGUACUUUCACAGAUCGAGCUUCAUCUUUAAAGCAAACUUUCGCAUUAGUACCCCCUCCCCCGCCCAAGAAAGUUUUGUUCAGCUAGAGCCGCGUUUUGUUGAUGCUUCCGCCUACUACGGCUAGGAAAAUAAACCUCAGAAGCCACUUUCUAGUGGUGCCCCUGAUGGUUCCAUUCUUCUCGAUGUUUUACCAGCUGCAAGGUGGGCG